ACUGAAAUGACAACUGAAACAUCCACAACUACUGAAACGACCGCAACUCCAACCACAACUGAAACGACCACAACUACUGAAACAACCACAACUGAAACGACCACAACUCCAAUCACAACUGAAACGACCACAACUCCAACCACAACUGAAACAACCACAACUACUGAAACGACCGCAACACCAACCACAACUACUGAAACAACCACAACUGAAACGACCACAACUCCAACCACAACUGAUACGACCACAAAUCCAACCACAACUGAAACAACCACAACUCCAACCACAACUAGUGAAACAACCACAACUCCAACCACAACUACUGAAACAACCACAACUCCAACCACAACUGAAACAACCACAACUCCAACCACAACUACUGAAACAACCACAACUGAAACAACCACAACUCCAACCACAACUCCAACCACAACCACUGAAACAACCACAACUGAAACGACCACAACUCCAACCACAACUGAAACAACCACAACUCCAACCACAACUGAAACAACCACAACUCCAACCACAACUACUGAAACAACCACAACUGAAACAACCACAACUCCAACCACAACUCCAACCACAACCACUGAAACAACCACAACUGAAACGACCACAACUCCAACCACAACUGAAACAACCACAACUCCAACCACAACUACUGAAACAACUACAACUCCAACCACAACUGAAACAACCACAACUCCAACCACAACUGAAACGACCACAACUGAAACGACCACAACUCCAAUCACAAGUGAAACGAGCACAACUCCAACCACAACUGAAACAACCACAACUCCAACCACAACUACUGAAACAACCACAACUCCAACCACAACUGAAAUGACAACUGAAACAUCCACAACUACUGAAACAACCACAACUCCAACCACAACUACUGAAACAACCACAACUCCAACCACAACUACUGAAAUAACCACAACUGAAACGACCACAACUCCAAUCACAAGUGAAACGAGCACAACUCCAACCACAACUGAAACAACGACAACUCCAACCACAACUGAAACAACCACAACUGAAACGACCACAACUCCAACCACAACUGAAACGACCACAACUCCAACCACAACUGAAAUGACAACUGAAACAUCCACAACUACUGAAACGACCGCAACUCCAACCACAACUACUGAAACAACCACAACUGAAGCGACCACAACUCCAACCACAACUGAAAUGACAACUGAAACAUCCACAACUACUGAAACAACCACAACUCCAACCACAACUACUGAAACAACCACAACUCCAACCACAACUAGUGAAACAACCACAACUCCAACCACAACUACUGAAACAACCACAACUCCAACCACAACUGAAACAACCACAACUCCAACCACAACUACUGAAACAACCACAACUGAAACAACCACAACUCCA